AUGGAUUUCUACGGCACUGCUUCGACGGCAAUUACCCAGAUCUACCAAGUCACGGUAUUCAUCCAAGGCGUUAUCUCCGACAUCAAGGCCUUCGACGAUGACCGCGCCGACAUUCGUCUCAAGUUGAACCUCCAAAUAUCCUCCCUGCUUUUUUUCAAGAGAAGCUUCUUCCAUCCUGAGCAUGGGUUGAUGGUCCCGGGGAAAGUAGACCGUUUCAUCGCUGACACGGUGGAAGGGCUGCUAAUGCAGAUGAGGAGGACCUUGGCCGAGUAUGAGAUUGUGGCAGCCAAGUAUGGCCUCGUUGAUGAGGAGUUCACCAUCGAGCCUGAGAAGCCCAAGGCACAAGAAUCGCUUUUGGAGCGAGCGAAGAGCAAAGCGAAAUCGCUCAAGAUGAAGGGAUAUGACUGGUCACUCUUCGACAAGAAGAAGCUGUAUAAGAUAAUAGAAACUUAUACUAGUUGGUCCGCAAGCCUGCGAGACAUCAUGCAGCACAUGUCUCAGGAAACACUGGCUAAGCUGGCAGAAGGGGAUCAACAGGGUCUGAAAGACAGUGGUUUGGAACCGGUGAUAAAGCGACGGAUGCUGGCCGAGGCCAAGGCUCCAGCAGACUACCACAGCUUGACCGGAACCCUCAUAGAAGAAGGAAAGUCAAUCCGAGGAUUCCAGCUUGGAAAGUGGUCUAUUGCUGGAUCAGAAGCAGAGAAAGUCAUUGUGGAAUACCACGAUUACGAGAAUGAGCUCAAAGGCGACGAUCUAGAUCAGGAGGAUAUUGACAGGCUCAAAGCACCAAUCCGCACUUUGGCCUGGCUGCUUCAAAGCACUACGUUUGCCAGCAAAUCAUCCGAUUCGCUUGACCAGCCCAAGAUAUAUGCUUUGGAAUGCCUCGGUUUCGUUGAUCAACCCAUCGAAGAGCGUAGCGCCUUCCUCUACAAGCUACCCGCAUCCGAAUCCGAUGACGGUACAUCUCUAACAACCCUGCACGCUUUCAUAAACGCGGUCGACAGUACAAACAAACGGCCCCUCAAGAAGCCGUCUCUGAACGACCGCUUCAGCAUGGCACAUAGUCUUGCUCUGACGGUAUCCAACCUCCACGCGUCAGCUUGGGUUCACAAGAACAUCUGGAGCAGGGGCAUCCUUCUCUUCCUCGAAACUUCUUCCGGAGUCAGCACAGCAGGUCUCUACGAGCAACGGCUGUCCACACCUAGUCCCGGAAAUAGAAUAGUCUCGUACCUAAGUGACUGGGGCUACGCACGAUCAGUCAAGCAAGGCACCGACAUGCGGUCUGACUUUGAAGUCGAGCCUAAUUUCUAUCGUCAUCCAGACCGACAGGGCCGCCCGACUCACCAGUUCAGUCGUAUGCAUGAUAUUUAUGCACUGGGCGUGGUGCUUCUUGAAAUUGGGCUAUGGGUGACACUCUCGCGGCUGAUGGAGGCUAAAAUUAAAGAGGCGGAGAACAGUGGAAAGCUGCCAAAUCGGAAGAGAAUUGCUGGGGACCUGAUAAACUUGGCAGCACAGCGGCUACCAAUGGAGAUGGGUGUGGGGUAUACAACAGCUGUUCUUGCUUGUUUGAAGGGAGACUUUAGAGGGACGGAUGGUGCAGCUCUGGCGGUUGACUUUCAGGAGAAGGUGGUGGAUGUAUUGAGAAGUGGCAUUGAGCUGUGA